GACGUAAAUUAUGGAUGGGAGUAGACUGCGAAUGUUCAAACCAAUCAUCACUUACGAUAUGGUGGUGCGCAACUUACCCUACGAGAAGGAGGAUAAGGUUCGAUUGCCUGAUGUCUGGGACGAUGGCAGGGGCAUACCAGGAGUGUCUUCAAAGGAUGUAAAGACAGAAGCCAUAGAACCAACGGGUGAGGGAGAACAGGAGGAGAACCUCGAAGCUCAGUUGGAAGUGAAGACUGAAGUGGAUGAUGUGGAGGAGACUUCUGCUAAAACCGAAACCGAAGAAGAGCCUUUGGUAGCUGAUGUGAAAUAUGCCUGGAAUUCGCCUUGCCUGAUGAUUAUUUUCGAAGACGGCGAUGUCAAUAGUGCAAUCCAUCAUUUGGUUGGUUCGCUGCAGAAUCCCUUUGCCCUGGAUGCCGUGGCCACGGUGCUGGUGCAGGAGAGCAUAGCGGAGGAGCUCGCCAACCGAAUAGUCGACCUUCUGCAUCCAUUGGAUCCCCGGGUCGCCAAUCACCCGAACUAUCUGCGCACUCUCAGCAAAUUGGCCCAGCUGAAGGCAAAGAUCGUGGCUGGGAAUCCGGACAAUGUGCCGGCCAAUGCCACGCCCAUGAUCGUACGCGAUGUACCCCACCACUAUCUGGGCGAUGGUCCCACGGGCAUCGUCACCAUGCACAUCUUCCGCACUCCCCUCGAGGCCACCCUGGUCUAUCAGAAGGAAGCCCUGCCCAUUGCCUCGGUCAGCAUUUGGAACGAGAAGAUCGCCAGCAUGUACGACAUGGUGGCCGUACUCAAUGCCGACACAUUCAAAAUCAACUGUUUCGACGUGGACCUGGAGCCCAUCAAACGGACCUUCGAGUGCCGUCGCUAUAGUGCCCAUAUGAGUCGUGGUUAUCACUACGAGACCUUGCUGUUGAAUGAGCAGCGAAAGGUCGUGAUCUUUCCCGUGGGAGCUAUCUAUGCAAAUUGAAAGUGGAAUUUAAUAAUAAAAGAAGGGACUGCAAGGAGCAUCUUCUGUUCGGAAUA